CCUCGUACCCUCACGCCAUCGUCGGACGCUGCCUGCACUCGCGUCGGUCCCUGGAGGCCUCGCACUGGCGCUGCACGCCUCGAGAUGAACGGGCCUGACUCGCGAAACGUCUGUGUCCUCGCUCACGUCGACCACGGCAAGACUAGCCUCUCCGACGGCCUCAUCGCGAGCAAUGGCAUCAUCUCGAGCCGCCUGGCCGGCCAGCUGCGCUACAUGGACUCGCGCGACGACGAGCAGGACCGCGGCAUCACGAUGAAGGCGUCCUCCAUCGCGCUGGUAUACCAGCCGGAGGAGGUGGCGGCGGCGGGCGGCGGCGCAGAGGCGGCGAGCCCGCUGCGGGUCAAUCUGAUCGACUCGCCCGGCCACGUCGACUUCUGCUCCGAGGUCUCUUCGGCGGUGCGGCUGAGCGACGGCGCGCUGCUGGUGGUGGACGUGGUGGAGGGCGUGUGCGUGCAGACCGCCGCCGUGCUGCGGCAGGCGUGGGACGAGGGCGUCACCCCGCUCCUCGUCCUCAACAAGAUGGACCGGCUAGUCGCCGAGCUGCGCCUCUCGCCCAUCGAGGCGUGGGGGCACAUCAAGCGGAUUCUCGGCCAGCUCAACGCCAUCGCGGGCCAGUUCUACACCGCGGACCGCCUCGGGGUGCGCGAGCUCCAAUUCUCGCCGACGCGCGGCAACGUGCUCUUCGCUUCGGCGGCGCACGGGUGGGCCUUCGACCUCGCCGCGUUUGCGCGGCAGUACGCUGCCAAGCUCGGCCUCAAGGAGAGCACGCUGCAGCGGACCCUCACGCUGCAGCGGACCCUGUGGGGGGAGUACUUUUACCAGCCGAAGACGAAGCGGGUGGUCUCGAGCGACCCGUCGGGCCGGCUCAAGCCAAUGUUCGCCGAGUUUGUCCUCGGGGCGGUCUGGCGCGUCUACGCGGCGGCGCUGCUCGAGCCAGGCGCGAGGCCACCCCACCAUCUCCCCACAUCUCCCCAUAUCUCCCCAUACGCCACGCAGCUCGCCAAGAUGAUCGGCUCGCUCGGGCUGUCGGUGCCGCCGCAGCAGCUGAAUCACGCGGACGGCGCGGUCGCCGUGCGCGCCGUGAUGAGCGCGUGGCUGCCGCUGGCGCGCUCGCUCCUCGGCGCCGUCGCUGCGCACCUCCCCUCCUCGCGAGCCGCGCAGGCGGCGCGGCUGCCGUCGCUCUGCCCGUCGCUCGCCGCGCAGCCGCGCACCGGCCGCGUGCGCGCGGCGAUCGAGGCGUGCGACGCGUCGGAGAGUGCGCCGCUGGUGCUCUACGUCGCAAAGAUGGUGUACGCGGUGGGCGUGCCGGGCGCGCACGAGGCGGACGAGUUUGUCGGCUUCGCGCGCCUGUUCUCAGGCACUCUCCGCCCCGGCAGCGGGGGCACGGGCGGCGAGGGCGGCGGCGAGGGCGGCGGCGGCGUGGUGCUGCCGAUCGACAGCUUGCGCCUCUAUCUGCUGAUGGGGCGUGAGCUGGUCAGCGCGCCGCAAGCGUCUGCAGGCUCCAUCAUCGGGGUUGGCGGGCUGGCUGGCGCGGUGCGGAAGCGCGGCACCGUAGAUGGUGGAGCCGCGUGCGGCACCCUCUCCAGCGAGCCGGACUGCCCGCCGUUUGAGCCGAUGCGGCUCGCGGGGGCGCCCAUCGCGACCCUCCCCACCGGCGAGCUCGUCCUGCGCGCGUGCGGCGAGGUGCACCUCGAGCGCUGCCUCCACGACCUGCGCACAACCUUCGCGCCCGGGGUCGAGCUCGCCAUCUCGCCGCCCAUCGUCCCCUUCCGCGAGGGCCUGGCGCCAGAGGCGGACGGCAGCGCCACCGCCGCCACCGCCGGCCGGCACGCCCUCCCUCGCCCGGCGCGGCUUCCCGACUCCGCGGCGGCGGCGCUGCGCGAUGGCGCUGCGAGCUUCGGCGGCGGCCACAGCUGCCUCCCGCCGCUCGACCUCCUCCCUGCGGCGCAGGCCGCGGCGCUGCGCCACGUCUCCGACGCGCUCGAUGCCAGCGCCAUCGGCGGCGGCGGUCAAUUAGGCGGCGGCGGCGCGGGCUGGGCCGGCGCGCGGCUGCUCGGGACGGGUCCUCUCGACACGCUCCUCGUCUGCAGCGCGCAAGCCGCGGAGGCGAUGGAGGUGCCGACGAGCCCGCUCGCGCGCACGGCGGGCAGCCAGUUGGCGACGUCGCUUGUGUCCGGCUUCCUGCUCGCCGUGGCAAAGGGCCCCCUGUGCGACGAGCCGAUGAGCGGCGCGAGAUUACCCGCUGGUGCGCUGCCCGGCCAGCUCAUUGCCGCGAUGCGCGAGGCGUGCCGCGCCGCUUUCCUGCGCUGCGGCACGCGGCUGCUCGAGCCGGUGUACCGCUGCGAGGUCCAAUGCGACCAGGAGAUCCUCGGCCGCAUGUACGCCGUGCUGCGGAAGCGGCGCGGCGAGAUCCUGGCGGAGGACUUGCGUGAGGGCACGGACCUCUUCCUCAUCUCGGCGAGCUUGCCGGUGGUCGAGUCGUUUGGCUUCGCGAACGAUUUGCGCAAGAACACAUCGGGCGCCGCGCACCCUCAGCUCGUCUUUUCGCACUACGAGGCGCUGCCACAGGACCCGCUCUUUGUGGUGGCGACCGAGGAGGAGCAGGAGGCGCUGGACGACGGAGACUUGCCCACCAUCAAUCUAGCACGCAAGCUGAUGGACGGCGUGCGCAGGCGAAAGGGGUUGCGCGUCGAGGACAAGGUGGUGGCGUCGGCGACGAAGCAAAGGACGAUGUCGCGCAAGCGAUGAGCCGCCAACCGCGCCCUGCGUUGUCGUAUUCUGUGAUCUGUGAUCUGUGAGGGUAGAGGGCCCACAGCGUCCUAAUCUAAAAUCUGAGGAUUCAGGAUUCAG